GACGCGCUCUACGAAGCCAUCGUGGAGUGGGCGACGGAGACGAAAAACGUCGAGCUGUACGACGCGCAGGACGAGGCCGUCAUGGAGCUCUGCGAGGGUAACAACGUCCUGCUGACCACGCCCACGGGGAGCGGGAAGACGCUCGUCGCGACCGCCGCGAUCGCGGCGGCGACCGCGAGAGGCGACGCCGCGUGGUACACCGCGCCGCUCAAGGCGCUCGUGACGGAGAAAUUCUUUCAGCUCGUCGGCGAUUUCGGAGCGAAAAACGUCGGGCUCCUCACGGGCGACGCGUCCGUGAACCCGACCGCACCCAUCAUCUGCUGCACCGCGGAGGUGCUCGCGAACGCGGCGCUGCGGCGCGGGCGCGAGCUCGACUGCGGGCUGAUCGUCGCCGACGAGUUUCAUUACUACGGCGACAGAGACCGCGGGUGGGCGUGGCAGGUGCCGAUGGUGGAGCUGCCGGACGCGCAGGCGCGUUCUGCGUCCUCGCACUGGUCCCCAUACGACCGCUUCCUGCUCAUGUCCGCGACGUUCGGCGACGCGUCCAAGUUUCAGGCGUUACUCGCGAAGAACGCCGCGGGGAGGGAGUGCGCGAUCGUGGGGUCGGACGCGGAGCGGCCGGUCCCGCUCGCGUUCGAAUACCGCGAGACGCCGCUGUUGGAGAGCAUCCAGGAGAUCGUGGAGCGAAAAAAAGCACCCGUGUACGUCGUCAACUUCACGCAGCGCUCCGCCAACGAGCGCGCGCAGGAUCUGUGCUCGUCGAUCACGCUCACCGGGGACGAGAAAGCCGCGAUCGCGGAGGAGAUGCGCGGGUUUAAGUUCGACACCCCGGUCGGGAACGAGUUGCGACGGUUCAUAUCCCACGGCGUCGGCGUGCAUCACGCCGGGCUACUUCCGAAGUACAGGCUCCUCGUGGAGAAGCUCGCGGGGAAGGGCUUGCUGAAGUGCGUGUGCGGGACGGACACAUUGGGCGUCGGCGUGAACGUUCCGAUCCGGACCGUCUUAUUCACGCAGCUGUGCAAGUUCGACGGCAAUAAGGUGCGGCUGCUGAGCACGCGCGAGUUUCAGCAGAUCGCCGGGCGCGCGGGGCGAAGAGGGUUCGACGACGAGGGACACGUGUGGUGCCAAGCCCCGGCGCACGUCGUGGAGAAUAAACGCGCCGAGGCGAAAGCCGCGGCGGCGGCGGAGAAAUCGGGAAAGAAAGCGAAGAAGAUUAAGAAAUCGCAACCUCCGGAGAAGGGGUUCGUGCAGUGGAACGCGGACACGUUUAAGAGGAUGGAAACGUCCUCCCCGGAGACGUUAGACUCCUCGUUCGAAGUCACGCACGGGAUGCUCCUCGCGGUGCUGUCGCGGUACGGCGACGGAAAAAAGUCGCUGUAUGACCUCUUAGUCAGGAACCACGAGCCGCUGAUACGUCGCAGGAGGCAUCAAAAGCGCGCGAUCACGAUGUACCGAUCGCUGCGAGACGCGGGGAUCAUUCAAGAGGCCGGGACGAUGGACGUCGGCGGGCGGUCCGUGACGUUGGGGUUCGACCUUCAAGACCAAUUUUCGCUGACGCAGCCGCUGUCGCUGUUCGCCGUGCAGUUUCUCCCGACGCUUCUGCGGAAGUACGGCGAAAGCCGCAGCCGCCUCCGCGACGAAGCGUACGCGCUCGACGUUCUCUCCGUCUUAGAGGCGGUCCUGGACACGCCUCAGGCGGUGACGUACGCGCAGGUGAACCGAAUGAAACGCCGCGCCAUCGCGUCGAUGAAAAACGACGGCGUGGAGUACGACGACCGAAUGAAGACGAUAGAGACGAUGGACUACCCGCGUCCGCUCGAGGACGAGCUCGAGGCGGCGUACGAGCCGUUCCAAAAGAAUCACCCGUACGUCGGGAACGAGUCGCUGAAGUGCAAGUCGAUCGCGCGGGAGAUGUACGACCUCGGGCUCAGCUUCAACGAGUACGUCGUGCAUCACGGGCUGAACCGAAGCGAAGGCGCGGUGUUGCGAUACCUCACGGACGCGUACAAAUCUCUGGUGCAGAACGUCCCGGAGAACUUGAAGUCUCAGGGCGUGAACGACCUCGAGGAGUGGCUCGGGGAGAGCAUCCGGCAGGUGGACAGCUCGCUCAUCGACGAGUGGGAGGCGUUGAAGGAUCCGGCGGCGGCGGCGGCGGCGGCGGCGGACCCGGAGGGCGCCGCCGCCGCCGCCGCGAAGGCGAAGGCGCUCGCGGAACCCCCCGGGCGGUUCAUACAGUCGCGCGCGUUCCGCGUCAUGGUGCGGAACGGCGCGUUCCGAUGGGCGCAGCUCGUGUCCGACAGCGAGGAGGAAGACAUCGCGGAGCUCGCGAAGUAUCUCCCUCCGACGGGCCGAGACAAGCCGUGGGCCGCGGAGGAGCUUUGGGGUCAGAUCGAGCCGUACUGGAGAUCGCACGCGUCUCUCGACGUCUCGCACGACGCGCGCGCGCCGGAGUACUUCGACCUUCGCGACGAGGACGACGACGGAAACGCGCUCGAGGACGGCAUCUGGCGCGUGACGCAGCGACUCGUGGACCCCGCGGGGGAUCUGGACUGGGUCGUCGACGGCGAGGUGGACUUGAAAGCGUCCGAGGAAGAGGGACGCGCGGUGCUCAGGCUGGGGGGGAUCCGGCGCGAGGGCGGCAUCGCGGUGGAGGACGACGCGGAGGAGGAAGAGGGGACGACGUCGAGGGCGGCGGCGGUGGCGAUUCCGGACGAGGACGACCUGUGGGCGGCGUACGAGGAAGAGGAGGAGGAGGAGUGAGCGCGCGAGAAAUGUUUGCGCGCGAUUCAUUUCGUAUCAUUUCGUUUGCCCU